UUGCUAGGUAUAAAAUAAAUACAAAAUUAAAAUGUUUUACCCAGUAGAUUCAUUGAAAAGAGGAGGACGGUUUUAUUUAUGCUGGUUAGCAGACUCGUGGCCGGAGCGUUUCGCUACAAUAACGCAAAGGCAGUUGUGGUCUCACGAUAUUAGAAAAUUAUGUGAUGAUUUGUUAAAAGUUAUGACAAAUGAAUCCGGGCGUCCAGUCAAUAGAUUUUCUCUUCGUCUUAGCUCUCAGCUAAUGCGAGGUCUCGUGCGACUUUACCAAAGAAAAGUAUCACUAUAUUUGGUCGACCUGUGCAUGACAAAUGCUAGUGUAUUCAAACACACCAACAAAAAAUGGCACAUCAUAGACGAGGACAUAGUGGAACGAGUCCGUUUGGUGGAGCGGCUGCCGGCGCCGGCGCUGGAGCUGCCGGAGGAGACUGAGACUGACAGACAAGUUGCUCAAUUGAUCCAGAAUAGUGGGAAUAUUGUGGCCAACGAACAAGACAUCACUUUGAGAGAAGCUGUUAUACCUGAUAUUCAACUGCCACCAAAUGAUGGCUUCGGCGAAGAGAACCAGGAGCAGAUAUUGAGUUUAGCGCUGGAGUGGUCGGUGGAGGCCGCGCUCGCCGGCGCCGGCGGAGCCGCUGAGGUCGAUGUUACUGUGUUUCACAAAUCCGUGGGUCCGAAAAUAUCAGUAAUUCCAGAUUUUGAAAAAGCCGUGGGUCCGAAAAUAUCAGUAAUUCCAGAUUUUGAAAAAGCAUUAGUUUACACAGACGUCUCUGAGAUUCCCGAUAUUCCCGAAAUCCCGAUCCCUGAAUUGCCCGUUCCUGUUCCUCAACCAGAAAACGAAUCACCUCAGCGGCCAGUGGAACCAGAAGUGCCGAUGUUAGUGGAAGAACAACCGGAACCCGCGCAGAAAGUUCCAGAAACACCAGUGGAAAUUGAGCUCCAGGAGCUCGAAGAAAUACCGGCUAAGCGCAGACGCAAAAAUAAAUUGAUCAUAGACAAGACCAAGAUAAUCGACUCCAAAAUAUUACAUGCAAGAAUUAAUAACCCAAAAGUCGAACUACGUUGCGAAGACGCUUCAGACGAUGUGAUUCCAAUAAAAAUAUCGGUACAUCAUUACUUUCAUCGACUCGCCCACGCCGGUUAUAAAAGUUUUAAAGUCAACAUAGCGAAUGAUUUGUAUAGACUAUUUUUGAGGAAUCUUGGAGCUGUUCCCAACCAUCUAGCUGAGGAAAGAGAAAUUGAGGAACUAAGAGCUCAAUUGUCUCAUCGACGCCCUGAAAUAUCAAUUCUCGAGAAAAUCGAUGAGGAAACUAUCCACGACAAAACUGCUCCCCCACCAGUCGAGCAACACAUCCAACAACCAAUCGAAAUGGACAUUAGUAAAACUAAAGACGCGACGUAUGUGGUAGAACCGAUGGAAAUAGAACCGCCUGUACAAGCCGUGAUAUUGGAUUUGCCUGAGGUACAACCAGAGGAGAAUUUGCAAGCUGAUAUCUCGGAUUUGCCCACUCAAAAACUGGAAACUCUAUCGCAAGCAAAACGUAGGAUCGACGCGGAAACCUCAGCGCGCAAGAGACUUCGACCAUCUGAUUACAAGACGUACAGUCUGGGCCAGCAGCAGGAUAAAGAAGCGGAAAUUGAUAAUGCAGAAGCUGAAAAAGAGAACGUACCCAUAAACCAGCAAUCGCCAAUAAAAUCUCCUGCAAAAUCCCAAAGGAACGUCCUCACUAUGCUAGAACAAGCAGGAAUAGCGGAUAUAAGCGAGCCAAGACUCACGCAAACUGUAGAUCUUUCUAGAAGAGAAACUAUUGAUCCUUCUAGACAAGAAGCUGCUGUAGACCCUUCUAGAACGGACAAAAGGGACAGUGAAGGGUCGGAAACGCCUCUUGGAAGCCUCGAUAGGACCAAAGUGUCUUUGGGGGACUCUGAUAAGACCACAGAUUCGAUUAGAUUUAUUCGUGAACAAUGGGGGACGGUAGGGACUAUGACGAAGAUAAUGAAGGCCAUAAAGAGCAGUCCCAACCGGCCCGUCACCGUGUGGCUGCUCACGUCCCGGGCGCCCGCGCCCGCGCCCGCGCUGCUGGAACGUAAGAACGUGAUUGCUGCGAGGUGUUUCAACUCUAUCCUCAAAUUAAAACAACACGGAUUUAUUAUCAUCCGCAAAGAUCCUGAUACUUACGAGAUAAAUAAUAUUAUUUUGGGCCCACGAUUUGAUUAGAAUUAUUUUUUUUUGUUUUGUUGUUUUGUUAUUAAUCUUUUUAAUUUUAAUUUCAUUUUGUCAUAAUUCUAUUAUUAACUUGUUCUUAUUAUUUAAGUGUUACAUUUUGUAUGUUUAAUUUAUGAUUACAUAAUAAUUGAAACCAGUAUUUUGAUAUGAACAAUUUAUUUGAAGAAUUUGUAUAAUACGAUAUGAUUUCUGUACAAUUUACAUACGUCAUCAACUAGAUUCAAGUCAACUAGACAUUUUAUGAGUAUCUUAGUGGCGUAAUAAUUUACAAUAAAGUGAAUAAAGCUGUACAAUAAACAGUUGAUUUCUAUUGAACUAUUUAUCUUAAUUUACAUAAAAUACAGUCAUUUACACUAUAGAA